CGAGGUCUCCUCGACGAAGCAAAGCGAUAACCUGUCGUGAUAAUCAGCGAUAACCGGUAUAGAGUUUUACCAGCUUUACGUUCACCGCCGUGAAAUCUUUUCUCUUUCUGUCCCCCUUCUGAUAUCGGGAUUCAAGGUAUAUUUUGAAAGAGAUAUGAUGCAAGCCGGUCUAUGGAACUUGGUCACCACCUCGAUCAGGCCGACAUGCAUAAAGCGUGUCCUCCCGGGCAUGACAGCUGCCCAGCAGCGCAGGUACGCAAGUACAAUAGAUACAGAUAUAGUCGUGAUUGGGGCUGGUCCAGGUGGAUAUGUAGCAGCGAUUAAAGCCGCGCAACUGGGCAUGAAGACAGUAUGUGUAGAAAAAGGUCCUACUCUAGGAGGCACAUGUCUUAACGUUGGUUGCAUUCCUUCGAAAUCACUUUUAAACAAUUCACAUUAUUAUCAUAUGGCACACAGUGGAGAUUUGGCAAAUCGUGGAGUUGUUGUAUCAGAUGUUCAACUCAAUCUUAACAAACUUAUGGAACAGAAAUCUAAUGUGGUCAAGGCGUUGACCAGUGGUAUAGCAGGCCUAUUUAAGAAAAAUAAAGUCGAGUGGGUCAAUGGCCAUGCAAAAAUUACUGGCAAGAACCAAGUCACUGCGCUAAAAUCUGAUGGAUCAGUGGAAUCGACGAUCAAUGCUAAGAAUAUUCUGAUAGCGACCGGUAGCGAAGUUACGCCUUUUUCUGGUAUCGAAAUUGACGAGAAGCAGAUUGUAUCCUCGACAGGUGCAUUGUCGCUUAACGAAGUUCCCAAGAGACUCAUUGUCAUCGGAGCUGGAGUCAUUGGAUUGGAAUUGGGCUCGGUCUGGCAAAGACUGGGUUCCGAUGUUACGGCCGUUGAGUUCAUGCCGACAAUAGGCGGUAUAGGUAUUGAUGGAGAAGUCAGUAAAACGAUGCAGAAGAUUCUAACCAAGCAGGGUCUAAAGUUUAAACUAGGAUCCAAGGUUACAGCUGCUAGCAAACGUGGUAAUGAGAUCGUAGUUUCCGUUGAAGACGCGAAGAAUUCUAAUAAAAAGGAAGACUUGGUGUGUGACGUAUUGCUAGUAUGCGUCGGCAGGAGGCCGUAUACGCAAAAUCUAGGUUUGGAGGACAUGGGCAUCGAGAGGGAUGAAAAAGGAAGAAUACCCGUAAACAAUCGAUUCCAGACGGUAGUACCUAAUAUCUAUGCUAUUGGAGAUUGCAUUCACGGACCAAUGCUGGCUCAUAAGGCCGAGGAUGAGGGAAUAAUCACAGUGGAGGGUAUUGCCGGAGGCGCGGUUCACAUCGACUACAACUGCGUGCCGAGUGUAAUAUAUACGCAUCCGGAAGUGGGUUGGGUUGGUAAGACGGAGGAAGAUCUGAAGAAAGAAGGCAUCGACUACAAAAUUGGCAAGUUCCCAUUCAUGGCGAACUCGCGGGCGAAAACAAAUUUGGAAACGGACGGUUUUGCUAAAGUACUCGCCGACAACAAUACGGAUAAGAUCCUAGGCGUACAUAUGAUCGGGCCAAGCGCGGGCGAGCUCAUCAACGAGGCGGUUCUCGCAAUGGAGUACGGUGCCAGUGCGGAAGACGUUGCCCGCGUAUGCCAUGCACAUCCAACAUGUGCUGAGGCACUCAGAGAGGCUCAUCUGGCAGCUUAUUUUGGCAAACCCAUCAACUUUUAAAUUACUACAGAGAAUAAAUGACUCAUUACACUUGUUAGUUCAUAUUUUCACUUUGCGUUUAGCACUAAACGUGUCCGUUCUAAACUUUACUGGGAUUGUAUAUUGCACGGACAAACACGUUUAAAAUCCACGCUGAAUGCACCAUGGGAAUGUACAGCCCAUUUGACAUCUCAUCGUAGCCUCAAUCUAGUCUACGUAUCAAUGUCAUACAUUGGGCAAAUUGUAGCGCGUUGUCGCUUAAUCGCAUAAGAGAUUGUAAAUAAAAGUUUGAAACUAUUAUGUGCAGAGGUAAUGAUCAAUUUGUCUCUGCCAAGUAAUUAGUGUAUUUAUUACGAAUAAAUAAAAGAUGUGAUUAUAACUAAA